CAGCUGUAACAUACCAGACACUCUUUCUCUACGGAGUAAUCUCCAGUCAGUCCCUCCCAAAUCCACCAAACCUAAGUCCUCAGGACCAAAAUGCCCCCCAAAGCGCCCAAGGGCGAAUAUAUUGAAACAGAUACAGGCAAUAAAAUCUCCCGCCGGUCCCUAAUCCAUGGAACCCAACACAUCAUUCUGGGUGGAAAGACCGUGAUUCAAGCCGAUGCCGUCAUCCGCGGCGAUCUCUACCGCUCCUCUUCCUCAUCCACCCCCACAGACCCCCAACAAGCGGCAGCAGCAACACCAAACAGCCCAUCCGUGGCCAUUACCGUCGGCCGAUACAGUUACAUCUCGCGACAGGCAAUUCUACGGCCCCCGUCGCGGCUACAUCGGGGCGUCUACUCGUUUUAUCCGCUCAAGAUCGGGGAUCAUGUCUUUGUAGGCGAGCGGGCGGUGGUGGAGGCCGCGACAGUGGGGAACCAUGUGCAUAUCGGGAAAGAUGCGGUGGUAGGGAGUAUGGCGAUUUUGAAGGACUUUGCGUAUGUGCUGGAUGGGGCGGUGGUGGCGCCAGGGAUGGUGGUUCCGAGUUGGUGUGUGGUGGGCGGGGCGCCGGCGAGGAUCGUGGGCGAGGUUGGGGAAGGGUAUGGGGUUGAGGGAGCUGAGGGGGGCAUGGCGAGAGAGAGGUACAGGUUGGUUGGAAGGUAG